GGGCUUCAAGUCAAUAAGACUGGAUUGUUAAAAUAAAUUUGAUUGUUGUCAUAGUCAUCGGUUCCCUUUUUUUUUUCCGUUUUCCUUUUCUGACUAAAGUGAGAGAGAUUAACAAAAUCUGGUUUUGGGUUUUGAUUCUUCCGGAGAUUGAUAAUACUGAGAGAAGGAUUAUGGCUGAAUCUCUUCACAUAGAUGUUAAACAAGAUGAUAACGGAAGUGAGAAGGCAGAUCGCUUCGAUCAGAAGGUUAGUAGCCUGGAAAGGAUUUUCCUCAUCGCGAACUUCAUCUUAGAGCUUCCAUCAGCUGCUUUUGAUCAGUUAUCCUCUGUGCAUAAGCCCCAGUAUGCACUGCUUAGUAUGUUAAUUUCCUUCUCCGUCUUGAUCAUUUCCAUUAUUGAUCUCGUUCAUAAGGGUCGAAAAGAAAGGGUUAAUUGGAUGAGGAGAGGGUUGAUUCCCUGGUUUUAUUACCCAUAUCCAAAUCCCAAGCCUUUUGGGACAUUUCCUGACAUUAUUGGAUUAGCUUGUGCUGCUUUUCAAUGCGUUUUUGCUGCAAUAUCAUAUGCUUUUUUUUGUCUGCAUGCGGAUAUUCCCAUCAAAGUAUCAGUUUGGCCUAUAAUCUUUGCCUUUGGUCUAUUGUAUUCUAGACUCUCAGGAAAUACUACACAAAAAAGGCCAAACCCACAUGUAAGGAGACUAAACAGAGCAGAGGAACUUACUCUGGCUCAGCUUGCUGCUGCAACCAAUGGUUUCUCAAUAGAGAACAGGAUUGGAAUAGCGCCUUCUUUUGUUGUCUAUAGAGGGAAACUACCAGAUGGUGGUGAAGUGGUUGUCAAGAGAAGGGACACAGGUUAUCAGAGGGAGAAGUUUCAGGAAGAAGACAGUUAUUUUGAAAAUGAAUUGACGUUCUUGUCAAGGCUUCACCAUAAACAUUUGGUUAGGCUUGUUGGAUAUUGUGAAGAAGGGAAUGAGAGGAUCCUAGUUUAUGAGUAUUUAAAAAAUGGAUCUCUACAAGAACGGUUACACAAGAACAAUAUUGAAAGGAACAGUAGUGUGAUCAAUUCUUGGAAAAUGAGGAUCAAGAUUGCUUUAGAUGUUGCUAGAGGAAUUGAGUAUCUUCACAACUAUGCAGUCCCACCCAUAAUUCAUAGAAAUAUUAAGUCUUCUAACAUAUUGCUGGACGCAAAUUGGGCAGCAAGAGUGUGUGAUUUUGGAAUGUCAGUGUUGGGUUCUGAAUCUGAAAGCAAUCACAAACUAGAGAAGGCAGCAGGAACAGUUGGAUACAUAGAUCCUGAAUUCUAUAGUCGAAAUGUAUUAACCACAAAGAGUGAUGUGUAUAGUCUUGGUGUAGUAUUACUAGAACUUUUGACGGGCAAGAGAGCUGUAUUCGAGGAUGAAGACAAUGGAGAUGCAAUAAAAAGUAUAGUGGAUUUUGCAACAACUAAAAUUUUGGCCAAUGAAUUGGUCAAGGCUUUGGACCACAGGAUUGGUCCACCAGAACAUGUUAAAGAAGCAGAGGCAAUUGAACUAUUUGCAUAUACUGCACUUCAUUGUGUAAAUUUAGAAGGGAAUAACAGGCCAAGUAUAACUAACAUUGUUGCUAAUUUGGAGCAAGCUUCAUCUCUAUGUGAUGUUCAUGAUGAAGGAUUGCCCAUAGAUGCAGAACAGUUGCACGGUAGAUCAGAUAAGAACGGAGCAAACUCCAAUGGAACAGAGAAACAUCACUCGGAAAUUUCAGGAAGGCAACAAUAAUUCUGCCAAGGAAUGCACAGAUUGUUUCUCAUUUAAAGAUUUCAGCUUAUUGUAGUUUCCUGUAACAUUUAGUAUCUUAUUUUCUCGAGCUGUAAGGUUUCAUUUUCCAAAUUGAAUUUCCAAUACAAAGAUGUGUGAAUUAUGAACCAUUUCCAAACAUUUCCAUUGAUAAGACCACACAACUCAGCUUUUAUAGA